CGUCGGGGAUGACAGCGACGAAGAAGGAGUCGGAGCUGUCCGGCCAGGUCGAGGACUUCGUGGCGCUGCUGAAGCGGGGCGGGGAGCGGCCGCGCUCGGAGGAGGCCGCCCGGCAAACCGUGGGGCUGCUGCGGAGGAUCGUGGCUCACGGGCGCUGGGACAAUGCGGGAGAGCUGAUGGAUUUGAUCCGUAAGGAAGGUAAGAGAAUGACGGCAGCGCAGCCAUCUGAAACCACUGUGGGCAACAUGGUGAGACGGGUGCUGAAGAUAAUUCGGGAGGAGUAUGGCAGGCUCCGAGGACGCAGUGAGGAGAGUGACCAGCAGGAGUCGCUGCACAAACUUCUGACCGCAGGAGGUCUCAAUGAGGACUUCAACACCCAUUAUAGCCCUCUCAGGGCCAAUGUAAUUGAAGCUAUUAGUGAGCUGUUGAUUGAAUUAGAGGGUACAACUGACAACAUAGCUAUGCAGGCACUGGAGCACAUCCACUCCAACGAGGUGAUCAUGACCAUUGGCUAUUCGCACACAGUGGAGGCAUUCCUGAAGGAGGCAGCACGCAAGAGGAAAUUCCAUGUCAUUGUGGCUGAAUGUGCACCCUUCUGCCAGGGCCAUGAAAUGGCUGUCCGUUUGGCCAAAGAGGAUAUAGAAACCACAGUCAUGAGUGAUGCAGCCAUCUUUGCUGUUAUGUCUCGAGUCAACAAGGUUAUUAUUGGGACAAAGACUAUCUUGGCCAAUGGUGCAUUGAUAGCCAUCAGUGGGACUCAUACCUUGGCAUUAGCAGCCAAACACCACUCUACUCCUCUCAUUGUGUGUGCACCCAUGUUCAAGCUCACACCACAGUUCCUUAAUGAAGAAGAUUCAUUCCAUAAGUUUGUCUCUCCACAGGAAGUACUGCCUUUCACAGAAGGAGAGAUUUUGUCUAAGGUCAGCGUUCAUUGUCCAGUCUUUGACUAUGUUCCUCCUGAACUCAUCACUCUCUUCAUCUCGAACAUUGGAGGCAACGCUCCUUCCUAUAUUUAUCGACUCAUGAGUGAGCUCUAUCACCCGGAUGACCGUGAGCUCUGAACUAAUGG